CCCCCCCCCCAUUUGGAGCGGGGCUCCCGUGUCCCGGGGGUCGCUGAGCGCCGCCCGCAGCCGUCCAGCCCCGAGGGGGCGGACGCGGGUGUCCCGGUGCGGGCAGGAGCCGGCGCUGGGCCAUGAGCAACUCCACAGCCCCCCCGGCCCCGGGAGCGGACCCCAUGGUGGGAUACGUGCUGGGCCCCUUCGUCCUCGUCACCCUCCUGGGCGCCGUCCUGGCCGCGGUGAUGUACGUGCAGAAGAAGCGGAGGUUCGACCGGCUGCGGCACCGCCUGCUGCCCAUGUACAGCUACGACCCGGCCGAGGAGCUGCAGGAGUCGGAGCAGGAGCUGCUGGUGCAGGCGGAGGAUGCCCGGGUGGUGCCCGGCUGGGGGGGGGCUGCGCCCCUCCGGCCCCUGCGCGGGGACUGGAAGGCCUGAUCCUGCUGCGGAGCUGGGACUGAAUCCUGCCCACAGGGAUGAAUGUGUCCUCACCGGCACCGCUGCCUGCCGGGAAGGGCAGGAUGCACCUGGAGUACCUGGAGCCAUCCCAGGCCAAGAGCACUGAUGCUAACGGGCGAUCUCCCACCUUGACACCGAGUUCUGCUGAUCUCUUCUGCUUGAGCUGCCCUGCCAGCCCCUUAGAACACCCUGAGUGGGGCGGCCGGGGCUGGGACCCGGUGCUGGAGCAGCCGGGUGCAGGGCACGGGGGGCACAAUGCCUGUGGGGCAGCAGUGCUGGAGCCAAUAAAGGUGUUUCUCUGCACUUGG